CUGCAUAAUUUCAAGCAAAAAUACCUAGUACUGCAAUUUUCAAAUUUACACUUGAAAGCAGCAAGUCACGGGGUUAAGGGAGGGGAGAGAAUGACGAAAGAUUGCAGAGCAGUCGAAGAGCCUUUCCUGUUUCAUAAGGAGAAGCAAUGUUGCUCACUUUGUCCUCAGUUCGUAGCUGAUCACUUUCUUUUCUGUGCCAGGGCAGAAAAAAAAAUUUUUCACUUUGAAACAUUUAGCUUUCAGAUUUCAUCAGAAUCUUCUCAUCCAUGACAAACAUGUCUCAGACAAUGGAGACAGAGGAGGACCUCCUCACUUUACUCCACAUCAAGUUUUACCACCCUCAGCAACACUGUAAAGGUUUUUACGACUUGCUUCCCUUGGGGACCAGGAGCAGACGCUCUGCCGAUGAUCCUCUCAGGCUGGGCCGCGACGCCCAGACCUGCACCUGCUCUCUGGUUGACCCCAAGGUGUCCCGCAAACAGCUGGCCCUAAACGCGUACCGUACACCCAAGAGCCCGGACAUGCUGUUCUCCAUCCAGAACCUGAGCCAGAGAGGGCGACUGUCAGUGAACGGAUCGUCGCUGGGCUACCUGGAGAGAAUGGACCUUCCAGACAAGGCUCUGAUCCGGUUCUUAGAGUAUGAGAUGCUCAUCAUUCGGGAGUCUGGAGAGGCAAAGRCCAGUUUUGAGGUGGAYAUGGAGGUGCUGACAGUGCCUCCCUCCAGGGAGACAUGCACCUGUGUGCCUGGAAGGGCACCAGUCAUGGACACGGGCAUGGUGGACCAAAACACGUCUGGGUUAAGAGAACUUGGACCUCUGGAAACUGAUGAGACACUCAUCUAUUACAAAUGAUCAACAGACUGAGCCAGACUAAGCAUCAAAGCAUUGCUGUCCAUUUGUUACAGUAAAGUUGAAUUAGGUAAUAAUAAUAUUCAUAUUCUAUUGUGAAAUCAUUUAAUUCUUUUAUACUUUGGCUUUUGCAAAUAGAUAAAAUACAGCUGGACCCUUAAAUGUCUUUCAUUUUUGUAAAUAUGAAUAUUGUGGUGUUUUAAUGUCAUUUACUUCUGAAUCAUAGGUUUAAGCAAUAAACUACUUUUUUACAGUA